AUGGUAAGCAGGGCAGGGGGCGAACCCACAAACGAGCAAGUGGUUGCAAACACUUAUGCAAACAUGGGCACUGAAAUGAACCAGCUCUACACCAAGAUCACGGAGCUGGAAAUGGAAGUCAGUGAGCACUCUCUUGUGCUUGGCGCCAUAGAGCCCCUGGACCCCAUGAGGCGGUGCUACAGAAUGAUUGGUGGAGUCUUGGUUGAAAGGACCAUCAAGGAAGUGCUGCCCGCGGUGCACCGGAACAAGGAGGGCCUUGAAGAGGUGGUGGCUCGCAUGAAGGAGGCUCUGGAGAUGAAGAAGAAAGAGAUGACCGAGUUUGAGCUCAAGUACAAGAUCAGGAACCGGAAGGGGGGCGAAAGCGGUGCCGAGGAAGGCAGCAUGAAGGAAGCCUCUGCUCAGCGUGUUCUUGUUGGCCCUGCAGGCCAGUACAGCAGAACGACGGGACAAAAAGGAGACUUUUGCAUAGUUGUUUAUCAAAGGCAGAUUGCUAUGUACCAACCUGACUGA